UUCCGGCUCGAGGCGGAAGAGGGCGGAGUCGCUUUUCGCGGCGCUUCGGGCAAGAUGGCGGCGGGGCCCAUCUCGGAGAGGAACCAGGAUGCCACCGUGUACGUGGGAGGUCUGGACGAGAAGGUCAGCGAGCCCCUCCUGUGGGAGCUCUUCCUCCAGGCGGGCCCAGUCGUGAACACCCACAUGCCCAAAGACAGAGUGACCGGCCAGCAUCAAGGCUAUGGAUUCGUGGAAUUCCUCAGCGAGGAGGACGCCGACUACGCCAUCAAAAUCAUGAACAUGAUCAAGCUGUACGGGAAGCCCAUCCGGGUCAACAAGGCCUCGGCCCACAACAAGAACCUGGACGUGGGCGCCAACAUCUUCAUCGGCAACUUGGACCCGGAGAUCGACGAGAAGCUGCUCUACGACACGUUCAGCGCCUUCGGGGUCAUCCUGCAGACCCCCAAGAUCAUGCGGGACCCGGACACAGGCAACUCCAAGGGCUACGCCUUCAUCAACUUCGCCAGCUUCGACGCUUCCGACGCGGCCAUCGAGGCCAUGAAUGGACAGUACCUCUGCAACCGCCCCAUCACGGUCUCCUACGCCUUCAAGAAGGAUUCCAAGGGCGAAAGGCACGGCUCGGCGGCCGAGCGCCUCCUGGCUGCCCAGAACCCGCUCUCGCAGGCGGACCGGCCUCACCAGCUCUUCGCAGAUGCCCCUCCCCCACCUUCCGUGCCCACCCCUGUCGUUACGACCUUGGGACCGGGGGUCACCCCACCAGGCAUCCCACCGCCAGGAUCGUUCCCCCCACCAGUGCCGCCUCCGGGAGCCAUGCCGCCUGGAAUGCCUCCGGCCAUGCCCCCUCCACCCAUGCCACCAGGCGCUGGAGCCCCGGGACCCCCUUCUGGAGCUGCUCCUGCUGGGGCACAUCCUCCUCACCCACACCCGUUCCCUCCCGGAGGGAUGCAUCCAGGAAUGCCGCAGAUGCAAGUACAUCAUGGGAUGCCGGGGAUGGGCCCACACCACCCGGGGCCGCCGGGGGCAGGAGGUCAGCCCCCUCCCCGCCCCCCUCCGGGCAUGCCCCACCCUGGCCCACCCCCUAUGGGCAUGCCGCCCCGGGGGCCUCACUUUGGAUCUCCCAUGGGUCACCCUGGGCCCAUGCCGCCGCACGGGAUGCGUGGACCCCCUCCCUUGAUGCCGCCCCAUGGGUACAACGGACCCCCUCGCCCUCCUCCUUAUGGCUACCAGCGGAUCCCUCUGCCCCCUCGUCCUGCCCAAAGACCCCUGGUGCCUCCGCGAGGGCCCAUGCGCGGGCCGCUACCCCCAUAAACCAAAGGACAGCAGGGGCCAGCACCAAGAAGUCCCCGGUGACAGCAUAUUCCCUCCAGUCUCUGCUCUUUUUUAUUUCUCUUGGACCAACAUUCCUUCAAGCUGGAGCUUGGCUUCCGCCUGCACCACCCCAUGUGCGGACCGUUCCGCCUUCGGCAGUGUUCUUUUAUCCUGUUUUUUGUUAGCUCCCUUGUCUCUGAGAAGACGAUCCGGUUUUAAGUUCUUUUUAUCGUUAGUACUCUUUGUGAAACCCAGAGUAGAAAUGCAGUUUGCAAAUAAAAGUUUAGGAAGGUACUCCUUGGAUGAUUUUAUUUUAUUUUAACAAAUAGGUUGGUUUUGAGAGUCGAA